AUGGCUUUGAUGCUGGUUCAGGAUAACUUCAAGAAUGUACUAUUUGCACAAAAGUCAGAGUCCGAACAAAUUGCAAUCAUGAACAAGAUGUUCAAUAACAAACAAUUUCGUAAAGAAUCAAAUAAUAUUGCAAUAUUAGUGCCUUCAGCUUCGUCAGAAGCGUAUUGCCCUGAUGGUGGUAAACUCGAAAAGUCUUAUAUCGAUUCUAAUAUACUAAACCUUAUCAAUAAUAAACGAUCGCAGUUGGCAAAGGGAAAAUUGGAAGACGGUAGUGGUAGUUCACCUGCGACUAAAUUUCCAAAAGCGAAGGCAAUGAACAAAGUUGAAUGGGGCUGCAAUCUGGAGGAAACCGCGAUACAAAAAUUAGGACUCGACUGUACACGUUCGACAAAACCUGAAGAUGUUGCCGGAAAAGCAGGGCUCUACUAUGUCGAACCUGAUGAUUUCGGGCUUCCGCCGAGCUUUGCGGUCGCCACCUGGUUAAGGGAGCAUAUCGCGGCUCCGUUUACAGGCCUCACUGGGCCCCCCACUGAAGUCAAAAGGCCUAGUAGUGAUACUAGUUUCGAGAACUUCACUAAUCUUAUGAAUGAAAACACGACAAAGAUUGGCUGUGCAGAGCUUAUUUGUAAAUCCGGAAAGAGAUAUCUGUUAUGCCUAACAAACAAACCCCCAAUUGCUAAUGAUGGAAAUGGAAUUGUCUAUAGGGUUAAUGAAACAAAACCCUGUAGUGGUUGUAAAAAAAACACUAGACCGUGCAACAAAGAAACAAAAUUGUGCGAAGCGCCCGAGCAAUCAACCACAGAGGCCACAACAAAGGCCACAACAGAGACCACAACAAAGGCCGCAAAGGCCACAACAACCACGGAGGCUUCCUAUCCUGGCAAGCUACCCACAGGAACGAAUACAAAGUGCCCGAACAAUGUCGGAAUGACUGAUGAACUCAGGACGCAGUACGUGAACACACAUAACGACAAGAGAAGCAGUCUCGCGAAAGGCGGCCAAGUCAAAAGACCAAGCGGAAACUUUCUACCAUCUGGAGCAAAUAUCCUAAAACUGAAAUUUGAAUGCGAACUGGAAAAUGAAGCUAUUCAAGAAGUACAACAAUGUCCUACAUCUAAGACACCGCAUGAUAACUAUGGUAAAAACUUCGGCACUAGUAUUGUUACAUCAACUUACAGUGAUGCAGUAGAUAAGGCUGUGACAAAUUGGUGGGAUGUGGUUAGAACCGAAACCAAUGGUCCAGGAAUGCAAGUGACAUUCCGUAGUAAUCAUGUGAAUCAACCUGUAGAAUCGUAUACCCAGAUUGCUUGGGCCAACACCAACAAAAUUGGAUGUGGAAUCGCCAAAUGUUCAUCUUCCUACACGGUCAUAUGUCUUUAUUAUCCAAAAGGUAACAUCGUCGACCAACCGAUUUACACGAAGGGAAUUCCUUGUGACGCUUGUCCUACGACAUGCGACAGCGCUCUUGGACUCUGUCUGCAGUGAUCAUAACUCUAAACAACUAUACAUCGUUUAUCCUGUCUUUUCCUUAAACUUUUCUACUAUACGGGGGCACUUCAUCUUUCGUGGUC